CGGCGCUGAUCCCCUUCCCUGCCCCGGGGGGGUGGCCGCUCACCCGAGGAACUGAGAGGAGCUCCAGGAGGAUGGUGUGCCUGGCGUUGAGGACGUGGCUGGGGCUCGGGCUCUUGGCGCUGCUCUGCCUUGGUUUGGGCCAAGCACUGGAGAAGAGAGCAGUCAGAAGCAAACUGGGGGAAAAGGUCAGCCUGCCUUGCUGCCGUGAAAUCCCGCGCUCGGAAAGCCUGCAGAAUUACCGGGCCUACUGGCAGAAGAAGUUUCCGGAAGUGACGGUGGUGGUGCUGGCCUACUCCAACGGGAAGAUGAUCGAGGCUGACGAGCGCUACAGGAACCGCACGAAGAUGGACCCCUGGGACCUCAUCCUGUGGAUUUCCCCCAUGGAAAUCCUGGACAAUGGCACUUACCAGUGUGUGGUUCAGCACAACUCCGUUGUUGUGUGUGACGAGAGCCUCACCCUCUUUGUUACAGCCGACUUCAGCCAGCCCAGCGUAACAGCAGAGGUGUCCGCUAGCUCCUGCGAAUCAGCCGAGAUGGUGAUAGUGUGCUCUUCUCACGGAGGUUUCCCCAAACCCAGAAUCUCUGGAGCCCUCAACAACGUGUCUGUGGAGUGGAAUGCCAGCUGGGUGUCCGAGUCCAGCCUCAGCCCGUACAACGUCACCGGCACGCUGGUGCUCAACGUGACCAGCGACGUCAACGUCACUUGCUCCGUUGAAUACGACGGCUUGGCCAAGUCCACCAGUUUAUUUCUGGAAAAAACAAAUGACUGUGUUGUUCCUCCUGUGCCUCCACCUUAUAAUGUCAUUACUGCUUCAAGCAUUGUUGUUAUCACCUUCAUUUUGGCAAUCAUCCUGGCAGCAAGAUACCUCCCAAGGCGUGUUUGUCCUCACUGUUGUAAGCCCCAGGAUCCGGUGGAAGAGGGUAUGAAGGAAGGUAUGAAGCCACCUGUGAGCCUCAAAGUGACAUCUGAAACAUCAUCUGUAUGACCAGAUUGCAUUUGCAGGUUUCUUACCCCGUGCAUUCCGCACUGCAGACGCCGCCGUUCGUUGUACAGCAAUGCUUGUGGCAUUGACCCUUUGGCCCUCUGCAAGGGGAUGGCAGCAGCAGCAAAACUCUGCUGCCGCGACUGAAAACACGACUGACAACAUAAUCUCAUGUGAAUGAAGUCAAACAGAAGCUUUGGGGUGCUCUCGUUACAACGGGGUCACGGGAACCCCGGCCUGGGAGGACCCUCUGUGCUCCUGCAAUGGGGCAGAAGAAGAACGUCGUCGGCAUCGACACACCAGUUCAAGGCUUUGGGAACCUCUGGUUUGACGCUGCUUCUGUGGGAACCAGGGGCCUGCCUACCCCUUUAGCAACGCAGAGCUGCCCCUUGGGACCCCCCAAACCCCGACACACAAGCUCAAGUCAGGCUGUGCCUCCAUGUUGUGACUGGGAGAAGCUAAAACUUCUUUUAUAUUCAGCCUCACACGAGUUCUUCAUGCUGGAGGACUUUGGAUUUGAACCUGACCAUUACGGACGUAUGUCACUUCCCCCCCAAAGAGGCAGUAAUACUCACGUUUUUCAUGAAAAACUUCACCUUGGAAGUGAGUCUCUCUGCCUCAUGCUUAUUUGCAGUGCUGUGAGACUUUUUAGGGAACGAUACACACUGACAGCACAGCUAACAGCCAACUAAUAUUGCUUACCCACAGCAGUGGCACAAGUUCUCGCAGCCUUUCUCUCCUGACAGGAUGACCUUGCCAACCCAGCCAACACAGCCCCUCCAUUAAAUUGCUGUGUGAGGGCACACGUGUGCAUACAAAUGUACGAGCUUUUAUGUGCAUUCCUUCCUACCCACACCUGUAAAGCCCCACUGAAAUUUGUGUUAAAGUCAGUGGUUAUCUCGCAUAUCUACUGUAAUGAAACGUAACUCAGGGCCUUGCUUCAUAAACAUAGGUCUGCUUGUGUUGGUACCUCUGCCUAGGGACACUUGUUAGGGGAGGCUCUGCAGAUUCUUGAGAGUCUCUCACAGUAACCUAAGGACUGACUUUGCACUGAAUGUUGCUGCUUUCUGCCAGUGUUCUCUCUACCCAGCCAGGACUUGAAGGAUUUUCCCUACAGAAUGCUAAUACUGGAUAGGACUCAUCUGAUCUGGCUGACAUUCUUGCCUACCGUGUAGGAAAAAUUGAUUUCUCAUUUUAAGGGGAAAGGAGGAAAAAGCCCCAACAAGCUUCCUAAGCAACUCUGCAUACUAACCUAACUGAACCCUGCCCUGAGUUUUACAGGUAUGUUUUUCCCUUCUGCUCUGCAAGCUGUACCCAUUCCCUUAGUGCUCUAUGCAUGUUAUCAGGGCAGACCAAAGCCUGAAAGCACCUCCAUGGGAUGUAUUGUUGCCUGAGCUGUUUAUCUUCCUAGGACACAGCAAGGACAUAUUCCAUCCAUUUCACUUUUUUUUUCUAGAGGGUACAUAUUGUGAGAGAAACUGCUGGAGAAAAUAGGAGGAUUAAAGUGGUUUAUGGAAUAUUGAGUUAUGAGAUCAAGUCACUAGUAAAAAAUAAGGCACUGCUCCCCUUCUACUCCUGCAGAGUUGUUUUGUCCCAUCUU